AUGGCCUUUGGCGCGACGGCGGAGAUGUCCACCAUCGUGCACCAAGCUGGAGGCUUCGGGAUGAUACCCGCAGGCAAGUCGCCCUCAGUCUCUCACACAGACCCCGCAUCUAACCUCGCACGUGCACGCACAACCAAAGGCUUCGACUCGUCGGCACAACUCAAAGCACACCUCACCACCGCGCGCAAAUCCCUCUCCAUCGCAGCCGGCGCGCCCAUCCCCGUGGGCGUCGGCUUCAUCGGGUGGAUCCUCGACCAGACCGAAGCGUCCGCGGACCCGCGCCUCCCCGGCGUCCUUGCCGAGAAGCCCGCGGCCAUCUGGCUCGCCUUCGGCGCCGCGCUCGGCACAUACGUCGCGCAGAUCCGUGCAUUCGACGCGCAGCGCACGGACGGGCACAGGACGCGCGUGUUCGCGAUCGUGAACGACGUGGAGGGCGCGCUGCGGGCCGCGGGGGCGUGGGGCGUGGAUGUGGUGGUGGCGCAGGGCAUCGAGGCGGGCGGGCACGGCGGGGCGGAGGCGCUGCCCGUGCUCUCGCUCGUGCCGGCUAUCCGAGCGGCGUUCCCCCCAGGCGCGUGUCCGCCCAUCGUCGCGGCAGGCGGCGUGUCCACCGGCGCGCAGAUCGCGGCGCUGCUCGUGCUGGGCGCGUCGGGCGUCGCGCUUGGCACGCGGUUCCUCUACACGCACGAAUCGUGCUAUACAAGGGAGAUGAAGGCGGUGCUGGUUGGGGCGGGGUGGGGCGCGACGACGCGGGGGCUGAUGUUCGACGAGGUGAACGGGACGAUGGGGUGGCCGGCGAAGCAUGAUGGGCGGGCGAUCGCGAAUGGGAUCGUGGAGGACUGGGCGGCGGGGCUGCCGCUGAGUGCGCGCCUUGAGCGGUUUGAGGAGAGCAGGGCGAGGGGGGAGAAGGACAGGCUGGUGAUAUGGGCGGGUGUCGGCGUCGGGAUGACGGAUGAGAUACGGGCUUUGAAGGACGUCUUUGAGGAGCUCCACAGUGACACGGUCAAGGCAUUGCGGAAGUCUUCAUCUUUACUCGCGUAG